AUGACCACAGCUGUAGUCAAGGUCAAGGACAAACGAGGCGAUUUCGUCGUGGCUCGGGCUUUAUUAGAUUCUUAUUCCACAGUAAAUUUGGUUACUAAAAAUUUUGCAAAACUUUUAAAUCUACCAGCAUUAUCUUGUUCAGUCAACAUUGGGGCAGUUGACGGUUUGUGCACUGUCUCAAAUAAAUACAUUCAAACUCACGUUCAUUCCAAUUACAACAAUUUCAAACAUCAAGUUCAGCUUCUGAUUGUUCCUAAAAUAGCCGACACCGUGCCUAACGACACUUUUCCUCGCCACCUCUUUGACAUCCCUAAGGGUAUAAAACUUGCAGAUCCUCAGUUUCAUUUGCCAAACUCGGUCGAUCUUCUGUUGUCUUCUGGCACCACUCUGUCCGUCUUAGCAGUAGGUCAAAUAAAACUCCAACGUGACAAAUCCGAAAUUAUUUUGCAAAAGACUAUUUUAGGAUGGGUAGUCGCAGGAGGGGCAAUUGAUCAGAUCUCCUCAAGCACGGCCUCUUGUAAUAUUGUUAAAUUAGAUAAACUUAUAGAGCGUUUCUGGCUGAUUGAGGAUUUCGAUCAUGAACCCGUAAAGUCUCGUGAUGAAGUUGCUUGUGAGGAAUAUUACGUUGCUCAUACCAAACGCGAUCCUUCUGGUCGUUAA